AUCAAGAACACCAUGAAAUCAACGGAAGGUGAAGUGCGUAUAAGUCAAAGACGGACGAGGAAAUCGGAAAUCCAACAAUUAUUUUCAUAUUUUAUGGCACAGUUCAUCAACUGAUGAAGAUAGGUCCAUUUCUGGAGGUCUCCUAUGAUAAUCUUUGUCAGCCUGGAAGAUGGCGAACCUCAGCUACGACACUCGGCAUGAAAGUUCAGAUGAUGGCAACAAAACAGCCUAUCGUGGUUGUGUAUCAAAGAGCAUUCACGUGACAGGUGUAUUGCACAUUGUUGCUGGAGCACUGUGUAUAGUGUAUGGUAUUUCAGCCAUCAUUCUCCAAGCCCGUGUCUCGUACCUAGGCAUCCCUAUCUGGGGAGGGUUACUGAUCUUCAUGGUAACUGGGUCAAUAGGUGUUGCUAAUUACUUCAAUCCUACGAGCAAGAAAAUUGUUAAGUACUACCUGGUGAUGUCCAGCAUUUCUGCAGUUUUCGCUUUCCUGAUGAUUAUAGCAUUUGGGAUUUUCAUCGAUAAAGAGGACCAUCCAUGGGGUACCGGUAGAUUUAUUUGUCAUCCCCUUAUGAGAUCCAUCUGUGGGAGCGAAGCGGAGUCACGUAUUGUGGUGAACGCCAUAUUGAUCUUGAUCUUUGUACUGGAGUCACUUUGCGGUGUGGUAGCAGCCAGCGUGGCCUGCUACAAGGCAUGUCAAUGCUGCCGAGACGGCUACGAUACGUGCAGGAUGUGUAGCCUGUCCAAAUUGUGCAGACUGUGCAGAGACGAUCGAGGAAACUCCAAUAUAGUCUAUUAUGCUGUCAAUAGAGGAGACACGCCAAUGAUGGCAGUACCCAAUAACCAGUCUGCUGGGCCUGUCUAUUUUGCAGGUGAAUCUUCUGGCACUUCUACUCAGCCAGGUCAAUUCAUGUAUCUUGCCCCGAGCCCCCAACACCAGUCUUUCAUGGCUCUACCAGCAGUGGCGCAACAGAACCAACCGAUCCCCAUAUUGCCCCCACCCCCAAAACAUCAACAACCUUCCCAACAGCAGCAACAACAACCAGUCGUAAUUCACCAGCAAUCAGGAAUGGUCCAACUGCCUAGUGGCCUUCCAGCGGAACAAGCUGGCUUCAUCCAGGUCCAAGCACCGGGGCAGAUGCAGCCUCAAGGUCUUGCUCAGACCCAGCCAUCCCCAGAACAGGAACCUGCAUCGCAACCUCAAACCUCAGGAAUGUUCCAACAGUUCAGUGGCCUUCCAACGGGACAACCUGGCUUCAUCCAGGUCCAAGCACCGGGGCAGAUGCAGCCUCAAGGUCUUGCUCAGACCCAGCCAUCCUCAGAACAGGAACCAGCAUCACAACCUCAAACAUCAGGAAUGUUCCAACAGUUCAGUGGCCUUCCAACAGGACAACCUGGCUUUGUCCAAGUCCCAGCCAUGGGGCAGAUGCAGCCUCAAGGUGCUCCUCUAACCCAGCAACAGGCAUCACAUCCACAACCAGCAGGAAUGGUUGAACAGCUGAGAGGCCCUCCACAAUUUGGCUUCUUUCAGGUACGAGGCCCAGGAGGGCAGAUUCAGAUGAUCCAAGCCCCAUUAAUGUAUCCUCAGGCCAUGAUGGCUCCAACCCCUCAGCAACCUGUAGCAACUGAGGAACAGGUGCAGCAGCAACCUGUAUCAACUGAGGAACAGGUCCAACAGCAGCAAACAGCGCCCUCUAAUUCUGCUGAAGCCCAUACUGAGGAAGAAGGUGUAGCUGUAUGAGUCAGUUGUCUCAAGAAAAGCAUUUCCUCAAGUGAAAGUCUCCAAUGAUCAGUUCAGUGACCAGCCUGCUUUCAUCUGAAAAUCAACAUGACUUUGUGUAACUUGGUUUUAAAAAUACUGCAGGAAUUUUACUCAAUUUUAUAAGGUGAAUGUUUGAAAUCAUGUCUGAAGCAGUUUACUUCUUGCUAUGGUUAGUUCAGUGACCAGACUGGCUCAUUGAAAAAGUAUUUUUUUAAAGAAUUUUAAUUUAAUUAUAUUAAUUGUUUUUUAUUCAGUACUGUAAACAAAUUUACAAGAGCUUGAUUCUCUAAAGUAGAAUUUCAUUGAUAAUGACAAGUAUGGCCUAUUAUUCAUCACUAGAAACUAGGAUGCUUGCAGAUGACAUUUAGGUCAACUGCGCAUCAAGCUAUAAUUAAACAUAAAUAAAAGCACCUCUCAGAAUCUGAGAUAUACAAGCACUUUGCCAGAAAAUUUAGCAAUAUUUUGAUAGUAUGAUUGAUUUUAAACAUGAAGGGAAGUGAGGCCUAUGCAGCUGAUUAUAAUCCUGUGCUGAGAAGCAUCGAGGGCAAGGUUAAAUGAUUUCAACUGAUUAGAUUUGGGGUUUAAGAGGGUAAAGGUUGUUGGGUCAUAACAACCUAAUGGAAACAUUAAAAACAAAAGUUAUAUUUAGUUAGUUUAUUUUUCUGAUUGUUUCAUCUUGUGCUUUGUAAGUGAUAUUAAUGCAACACAUACAUUCUAAUGGAAUCAUAUUAGAAACACAGUUUCAUUAAUUUAGUUGUUUUCUUCUUUUUUUCUUCAUUUUGUCCUUUGUAAGCGAUAUUUAUGCAACACAUAUACAUGUAUUAUAAUUAGAAACACAGUUUCAUUUAUUUAAUUCAUUUUUUAUUGUUUCAUUUUUUCAUUUGUAAGUGAAUGUAUUCAACACUUACAAUCUAAUUGAAACUGUACCUCUGAGCAGCUUUGUCCCUGAACAUGUGUGUACAUGUAUGUGAUCAUGUUUUUUAACACUAAAUUCUCAUACACUUUCACCACAUUUUUAUACAACUCAUGAUAUUUUGACUUGAAGCAAGUUUUUAGUAUAUUUUCUAUAGAUUACAUAAAAUGUUUAAAACAUGAUAUAAGUUUGUUCAUAAUGAUAAUGGUGCAAAAUUUUAUAAUUAUGAUAGUGGAUUUGAUUGUUUCAUCAAAAAUCAAUUAAUAGAAAUGAUAUGGAAUUUUUUAUCAAUUCAGAAUAUUUUUUAAAUAUAUUUAUGUAUUGAUAUCAAGUAUUUCAUAAUGAUGAAUUUAUUAUAGAAAAUGUUUUUAAUUUUAUGCUGCUGUCAAUCCAGCCAGUUAAAAGAAAGUGAAACAAGGGUAAAAUGACUAAACAAAAUUGCUAAGAAUUUUAUUUUAUGAUCUUAUAGAUAUAUUUCCUCUGUUUUCAUUUGCAGAAAAUCUAAAUUUUCUUAGCAUCAUAUAAAAGGUAUAAUGCAAAUCACUCUGUUUCAUUGAUAAUGAGUACAAGUCACAAUAUCAGUGAAGGGCAUUAGAAUGUUUGUAAUGAGUUUGUAACAGAUUAGGGAAAUAUAUUAGAUAAAAUUAAUAAGCUGUGAAUGUUUUUAAUCUGAGAUCACUUAAUCUAAAAUUGUGAAAUGGGUCAUUCGACUAUUGAAUAAUCUCAGAGUUGUUAGACAUUUUUUUUCUCUCCCAAGUUCAGUUUGCUUGUCAGAACACAUACAAAAUUAGACGUCUGCCAAUGAAUGGAUCACUUUGACAUUGCCAAUUUGCCAAUUCUCCAUGUGUUUAGUGAUUAUAAAUUCAUGUGUUUAAUAUUUGUUAUCCAAUUUGGCUCAGACUUUCCCUGAUCUGUUUCAUAUAUGUUUCUGCUUUCAAUCAAAGGAACCUUCUGUCAAGGUUUUGCAGGCCAAAAAAAGUGAAAAGGUCAAAUUCCAACAGCAUUUGAAAGAUAAUACUAAUUUAGAACUUCCCUUAAA